GAAAUAACACAUGUGAAUGGAGAGGGCCGUCAGACGAACGACUACCCUAUUGAAGCACGUUGUUUGCCGUCGUUCUCUGCAGAUGUCUUUACGGGAAUACACUGCAGGCAUCAUUGUCAUUGGAGAUGAAAUUUUGAAGGGACAAACUACUGACACCAACUCACAUUUCCUUUGUAAACAUCUCUUUACAUUGGGAGUCAAAGUUAAAAAGAUAUCAGUGAUUGGAGAUGAUCUGGAGGUCAUUGCCAAAGAAGUGAGUGAGUUUUCCUCCAAGUAUACUCAUGUGAUCACCUCGGGAGGAAUAGGUCCUACUCAUGAUGACAAGACUUUCGAAGGUGUAGCCAAAGCAUUUGAUGAUGACAUCUGUCCUCACCCCGAGAUCGUAGAACUUUGUAAACAGUUCUGGGGAGCCAAUCUUUCUUCGCCAAAGAUGAAGCUUGCCAUGAUACCAAAGUCAGCCAGGCUUGAGUAUGGAGUGAACAAGAAGACGGGUGAAAAAAACAAAUUUCCAUUGGUUGUUGUCAACAACGUAUAUAUAUUUCCAGGGGUGCCAUCACUAAUGGAAAGAAGUUUUAUAGCUUUAGAGGACUUGUUUAAAAAUCCUGAUGCACAUUUCUAUACUGAGGAAAUCUAUGUACAACAAGAUGAGGUGUCAAUAGCUCCCAUAUUAAAUGAAGUAGAUGAGGAAUUUAAGGUGGAUGUAACAUUGGGAUCAUACCCAGAUUUUCACAACAAUUAUUACAAAGUUAAACUGAUGCUUGAGUCGAGUAAUCCUGAACAGAUCACCAAAGCUGCUACUGCAUUGAAGAAUAAACUACCCAAUGAAAGUAUUGUGAACUAUGAUUGUCAGCCUAUUAUAAAUGCUGCUGAUAGAGUCUACAAGUUAGUGGAGUCCUGUAGCAGUGAUGAUGUGUACGGGAACAAUGUCCAGAAAGCUGUCUCCGUAUUAGAGGAAUGUUUACAGAAGUAUAGUUUAGAUGAGAUAUGUAUUGGAUUUAAUGGAGGAAAGGAUUGUACUGCAUUACUCCAUUUGUAUCAUGCUGUUGUUAAAAGAAAAUACCCUGGUCAUCAAGGAAAGCUCAAAGCUCUGUACAUCAAAAGCAAGCUGCCGUUUCCAGAGGUAGAAAAGUUCACACAGAUAUCAAGAGACAAAUAUCAUUUGGAAAUGCUGCAUUUUGAAGGUCGUAUAAAGGACAGUCUUGGACAGUUGAAAGCCAAUCAUCCCAACAUUAAGGCCGUCAUCAUGGGCACCAGACUCACAGACCCUUACUCAAGUCAUUUAGAAGCAUUCAGUAUGACGGAUGCUGACUGGCCACAGUUUAUGAGGGUAAAUCCUGUCUUACAUUGGUCUUACAGUCACGUGUGGAAAUUCCUGAGAGAUCUAUGUCUGCCAUACUGUAGUCUUUAUGAUAGAGGGUAUACCUCUUUGGGCAGUAUGAACAACACCCACCCUAACCCACUACUACAAUACGUAGAUGAGCAUGGAGUGCUGAAGUACAGACCUGCGUACACACUGUCGGACCCUACGAAGGAGAGGGAUGGCAGAAACUAGUGUUCAUUGUAUAUACCUCUGACAAUGACAGUGGGUGGAAUGAUCCUUCUGUAAAGAUCAUCACCAUUUAUUUGUCUGGACCUACCCCAUGAACUUACAUGGUCCCCCUUUACACAAUCAGAUAAACAAGUCAUUGGUUGGAUGAUGGGGCUUGCUGUAUACUCAUGUAUACUGGGUGUAUUAUUAAAGAACAGAGUCAGAGAGAGAAAGUGUUGAAAUGUUUAGAGCUAAAAAAUUCAAAUAUACAGCCUACAUUUCUUACAAGUAGAAAAAUCUGUAAAAUUCAUGCUUGUGAAUGUUUGUAUGCACACAAGUUUAAUUUAAAUAUAUAAAAUAUAUGUAAGGUGAAAUGUGAUUGUAUUUUUUUGAAGCUAUGUAGAAUUUGGAAUGAUAAAUUUUACUUCAUAAAUUUUUUUUUUGAGAAGUUUUACUCUUUUCACAAUUAUGACAUGCGUGGAUCUAAAAACAGAGAGUCAAGACGCCUCCAACCCAACCCAGCUAUCAACAUCAUCUCUCGGACCCCCCACCCUAGGAAAAGCUUUUGAGUCCAUACAUAUGUGAUGUUCAUUUUUCAGAAAAUGAAAAUUUCUUACAAAGAGGAGCAUUGAAUUAAAUAUCAAAUUAAAGUUAAACUUGGUUAUAGCAAAUUCCUUGGGACCAUUAGAUUUACUCCUUUAUAUCCAUAAUUCAGUAUAAUUGUAUAACAAAUUCGUAAUCAAAUGCAAAGCGAAUUUGUUGUAUACAUGACCACCAUUUGUGUUUAUUUAGGCGUUCCAUUUAAAUACAUCUUUAGGACACCAAAAAUAAUCUGAUUGUGAUAUGCAAAAUACAUGUAAAAAUAAAUUCAUUUGUAUCAAAUAGUAUUGCUUUUCACAAUUUAAAACAAUUAAUUCAUUAUAAAAGAUGUAAAUUUUGUUAUUUUUCACCUCUCUGGGGCUCAAAAAUUAGAUCACUAUAUUCAUAAAUUUGUUAUAACCAGGUUCGUUAUAGCUUAAAAAUUUUACAAGCAUUUGUGAAGAAUUUUGCUGGGGAUUCCACAAAACUUCGUUAUAUCCGGGAUUUCUCUAUAUCCGUGUUCAUUUUAAACAAGUCUUGCUUUGAUGAUCAAUCUGUGAUAUUUUUUAAUCGUGAAUCAUUUUUUUUGUACAUGAAUAUCUACAGCUGUACAUUUUAUUUCAUUACAAGGGAUUUUAUAACAAUGUUUAUGAGAAUGUACUUUAAUAAAUAAACAUUCGAUGGACCAA